AUGUCGGGCUGGCGUCACAGUAUCGGCACCUUCGACGCGAUGGACAAGGUUACCUCGAAAUUCGGGGAAUACGUCAUAGCCCAGAGUCCAAAGCACGGACAGGCGGCCGAAUUUGUCAAAAUGUUGCAACAAUAUGAGAUUUCCAUCGUCGUCCAACUGACGCCCCAAAAAGACGGCUCCUACGGCUGGUUCGACUCGAAGGUCGGGGGGAAGAAAAAGCUCCGAGGCCGGUACGUCGUCGUAACGGUCUCCUUGAGCGAGCAGCCGACCUCGUCCCACUACGAGCUACACCUAUCCACCAUUCUGCCAGAGGAGAAGACGAUUGAGAGGACUGUUUAUGCCGUGCACUACCAUCGAUGGCAGGAAUACUCAGAAGAGAACUCACGAUGCACCGGCCAAAUUCUGAAGGAAAUUUUCACGAUUCUGCUGCGGAGCAAGAUCAAGGGGAACACCCCAGUUUUGGUGCACGGCGGAGGGGCUCGAACGUGUGCGUCUUUCGUGUUGAUGUCGAUGGUUUGUCGACAGCUCCGCCAAAACGGCGCGAACACGCUGACCGCGUGCAUCGACCUGGUGAGGAAGUACAAGAACGUCGUCACCAAGAAUAAUGACCAAUUUGCUGCCGUCUUGCAGGGGAUUCUUCAAUUCGCCGUUGACGAUGAUAUCGUACAAAAAAACAGCAAAAGCUAUCAGCAGGCAUGCAAGCUCGUCCAUGAAUGCACCACCACUCGGCCCACCUACCCCAUUGAUAAAAGUGACGCGUCAAUUGUAUUUUUG